AUGCGAGUAACCUCUUUUAAAAAUUUUUUAAAUAAUAUAAAAGAGCAGUUUCCCAACGAUGAAAUAGUGGACGUCGCGACGUGCGAGGAAAUAGAGCAGAGACUCAUUAGGCAUACGAACAUUUUGUUAGAGUUCGAAAGGAUCCAGGGCUCAAUCGAUGAGCUCACGGAAGAUCUUAAAGAAACUAUUGAAGCACGCGAGAAAUUCGAGUCAGAAUAUUACAUGGUAUUAAAAUACGCAAACAAUUUAUUGCGUCGCGGUCAAUCAACCAAGGUGGUCCCAUUGCAAGGUCAAGCAAACGAGCAACGUGGUAUACAACAAGAAAACAGUACGAUUGCACAUAAUUUUGAGCAUCUUUCGUUACAGAAUAAUCAAACGUUAGCUGUACAAUCAAGCAGCACACAAGGUUUACGUAUAAAUCAGACUAAUAUACCGGGUGUUAAAUUGCCAAUCAUAGAACUACCUAAAUUCAAGGGCGAUUUAUCCGAUUGGUUGAAAUUUCGAGAUACUUACAAAUCUAUCAUUCAUGAUAAUCCAAAUAUUAGCAAUAUUCAAAAAUUUCAUUAUUUAAUGUCUUCAUUAGAAGGUAGUGCGACUCAAGUAAUUGAUGAAUAUGAAUAUACAGAGCAGAAUUACGAGAUUGUUUGGGAAGCGUUGCAUAGGCGUUACAACGAUCCCAAAUUGUUAAUUCACAAUCAUAUAGAAGCUAUGUUCAAGUCAAAGCCGAUUCUUAACGAAUCGUCAGAGCAAUUAAAUGAAAUAGUCGAUAGUAUCACAAAGCAUACACGCGCAUUAAAAAAGUUAGAAGAACCCACGGAGUAUUGGGACUCUUUACUCAUUUAUCUCAUUGUUACAAAGUUAGACGUAGAUACUGCUCGGGAAUGGGAAGAGCAAAGGUUAAAAUUAGCAGAGAAGCCUAAAUUGGAGGAUUUAUUAAAAUGCUUGCGUGCACGCGCUACGUUAUUACAAACGAUAGAAAGAAAAAAGGGUAUAAUCAAAACAAAAAAGAUUACUCCAGGAAAAACUAGUACUCUUUUAACAAAAAAGGUUAGUUGUGCAUUUUGCAAGGGAGAACAUUACAUUCAAAAUUGCAGCAAUUUCCUAAAAUUAUCACCACAAGAGAGAUCUGAAAGGGUAAAACAAUUAAGGUUAUGUACUAAUUGCCUCAGAAAGGGUCAUUAUUCAAAGGAGUGCACUUUCGGAGCGUGCCGAAAAUGCAACAGUAAGCAUAAUUUGUUACUACAUUUCGAAAAGGGAGACCAAUCAGAGGCGAAGGAAUCCACUGCAGCAACAAUGUGUGCGGCAAAUCACGCUAAGGUACUUAACGAACCUAAUGUAAUUAUUGCAACGGCUUUAGUAGGCAUAAAUAAUAGCAAUAAAUUUAAGGAACAGAACAGAGCCUUAUUAGAUUCCUGUUCUCAAUCCAAUUUUAUUUCAGAAAGGUUGUGCAAGAAAUUAAAACUGGAAAAGAUUCCAAUUGAUGUACAAGUGAUGUCAUUGAAUCAAGCCGGUCCCAAGAUCAAUUAUAAAUGCGAAGUAGAAAUAGUUUCACGUACCAGCGGUUUCCGAUUUAAAACGGUGUGUCUUGUCAUACCAAAAUUAGUAGAUGAUGUAAUGCCAAAUGAAGUAAUUCCUUUGAACGACGUGCAGAUUCCCUCGCAUCUUAAGUUAGCCGAUCCCUCUUUCCAGACGCCAGGGCAGGUAGACUUAUUAUUAGGCGCACAAUGGUUUUGGGAAAUACUCUGUGUAGGCCAAAUCAAAUUAAGCAACAAUCUUAUUAUGCAAAAACGCGGUUAG